AUGACCAACAUCAAUUUAAAAUUUACUUUAUUUACUAACCAAGCCACUGCAUUUUCUAAAUCUGAGAAGCGCGGUGCUGCUGCUGCUGAUGGAGUUUUUUCUUCCUCCAAAAUUCUCACUCGUUUUUCUUCAACUUGUGGUUGCAGAGCUUGCAUUGUUCUUUUGUCCAAGUAUGAUCAUGUGCAUGAAAAGGUUGAGGAUUUUACAGUGAGUUCAUGCUUGACACUUCUUUCCAGUAUAAAUGGGUUUUCAAUUACAACGAAUGAAGUCCUUGGAAACAUUAAAGAUGGAUUCCACACCAUCCAAAAAAGAACCUCAGGAUUCCAUGCUUCUCAGUGUGGGUUUUGUACUCCAGGCAUGUGUAUGUCUCUCUUCGCUGCUCUUGUUAACGCUGAAAAAACACAAGCGUCAAAUCUGCGCCAGUAUAAAUGAAAAUAUUGUAUAACUUAGUAUUAUAAUUUGUAAUGUUUUCUGGGUAAAAACCCGGUACC